CGUUCAGAACGACGGGUUUAUAGCAUAUUUGUUGUUGGAAAUUAAAUACCGGUUUCUUUGUCGAUUGCAUUAGUAUAUUUGUACAUGUCAAUACUCUUUGUAAAUGAUGUUUAACAAGCUAGCUAGCGUAUUACGAUUGUGAAAUCCUUUUUGUAGUCCUUUGAGUAUGUUAACGGCGUGACGUCAAACCAAGUCGUGUUGACAUCAAGCUACAUGAGCUAGCUAACAGAUAUAUUCAGGGAGAUCAACCAAUCCAACCCUUGUGGACUUGCUAGAUCCAACAUUAAUGUUCUCAUGGUGUUAUUCGGAUAUUCGUGGUCUCUCACACUUGCUCGUGGUGUCAUGUGCAUAAGACAUGCAUAACGGAUAUAACGAGAUUGGAUUUGUUCAGCAAAUUCUUAGCUUGAAUUUGGUCCCAAGGAAAAAUGGCACCAAUCGAGGCAACGACACAUCGCUUAGCGACUUCUCAGAGAUGUGGUAUGGCGUCUUCUUGUGGGCUGCUGUCUCUUCACUGGUGUUCCACCUCCCCGCUGCUCUCCUGGCCCUCGCCACCCUGCGACAACACAAGAUGGCCCGCUUCAUGCCCAUCGCCAUCCUACUGAUGGGCAUCGUGGGCCUUGUGUGUGGUGGAGUCCUCACCAGUGCUGCCAUAGCUGGGGUGUACAAAGCAGCAGGGAAGAGGAUGAUCUCCUUGGAGGCCUUGGUGUUUGGAGUGGGCCAGUCCUUCUGUGUUCUCAUUAUAUCCUUCCUCAGAGUCCUAGCUACACUCUAGCACUAGGACACAGGAAUUCAAGAAGGGAGUGAGGGGGGAAGAACAUGCAAUCAUCAGGACGGCAUAUGCAAGAGACAGCUGUUCCUUCAGAGGCCUUAUUUUCUAUAACCGUUACCGGAUGACUCUUUGUUUGAUACAUGAUUAUUUUCCAAAGUGGUAUAUUUCAGGGCUAACCAGAGGCUCUUUCUUCUUCAUUCUUUGUUAGUUUUCAUUCAGAUUGUUGUGUGUGUGGCUGUGGCACUAUACUCUGAACUAGCCUUCUCAUUUUGUGAGUUAUAUGUGUAUCAUACACAUGGCUGAGAAUGAAACAUUCCAGAGAAAUUGCACUCUACAAUUUGGUUGAGUAAACUCUAAGUUUUACUGUUCAACGGCCUGUAAAAGACUAGCCUAUACAUGUCUGAGCCUGCAUGCCUUUAGAGAAACACUAAAGGAGAACAUUUUCUGCUCCUCCCCAAGUCAUUCAGCUUAAUACAAUGUCUUGACUGUGAGGUGUAAUAUCUUUACAAUGAGGCACAGUGCUCGAUGAUAUGACAUUGGUAUUGACAUUUUAAGUCAGACAUAGCUACAACUUUAAGCUUUGUGUUAUUUCCACAUGUGUUUUAUAGCAUUAGAGAUUGUCCAUAUUCCUACUUGGGAUGUGUAAAAGAAAGUUUGUACAUAAUAUUUAAGCCCAUUCCAGUUUAUUCUGUAAGCAUAGAGGCAUUCUGUAUAUUGCUGAGAACCAUAGGGCCCUAAACUCAACUCUCGACCUCGAAGCCAGUUCCACUGCGUUUUUUCAAGGACUGAUUUAGACCUGGGACAUCAGGAGGCUGCAAUUAAUUGUCAGGUAGAACAGAACACCAUCAGGCUCCGGACUUCAGAGUUGAAUACCACAAGGAAUAGAGUUGAUCCAUCUAUUUUAUUCUCUUAAAUAUUUUUCCAUAUUGUUAGGGGUAUUUUCAGAUGGUUGAUCAGCGGGUUAAGUCCAGUGUGUAUGCAACAUGCUUCUUUCUGAGUGAAAUCUUAACACAAAACAGUAGCAGACUACACUUGGUUAUCUGGCGUCAACACGCUUAUAGAAUUGUAUAUCUCUUUCAAGAACCUUUGCUGCAUUGCUCAGUUUUUGUUAAUUUUAUAUUGGCCUUGGUGUUAAUGGUGAACAGUAUAUAGGAAUAGUGUAAUAUAUUGUUACUUUGGCAUUGAUUAUGCUAAAGGAAUAAGAGGCAACUUCACUCUAAACCAUGAAUGUGAAUCUAAUUUCCUUAAAAUCCCUUGUGGAAUUUCUUAAACCUUUACCAAAGAGAACCGAAUACAAAAUGUACAACUGAUUUAGUUUGAACUGAAAGCCCCCAUGUCCCAAAAUCCUACUUUAAGGAUUUUGACAGUGUAUCUUGAGUAUAAAUCUGGAGUUGUGUGUAAGGACACGGGUAAAGUCAAAUUUAGCAAGAAAUAAAUCACAUACCAUCAUAGGAAAGCACAACUUUGUAGAGAUCUCUAUUACAUGCCAAGAGUAGCAAAGACUAGCGAAAUCAAGCAUUAAUUACAGUUACACUAAAAUGUUUUUUUAAAUUAUUCAGCACCACUGCAUGCGGAUUGUCCAAAACUAUCAGCAGAUUAGUGACCAUUAUAAGUGCAGUAAUAAUACAAGGGGUGGAUUGAGAGCAGACAGGUUAUAGGAAUAAAUUAGGAUAUUGAGGUUGGCUUGGCAAUAACACUAUUGGGUUAUGAAUCAUUAUUGUAAUGUAGACAUUUGUGGUGAUUAAAGUUAACAGCAGGCCAGAGCUGGUCUACUUCCUGGCAGUGACAUGUUGAAAGCCAUGCUCAUCUAAGCCUUGGACACCUCAAUUCCACAGAGUUUAUUUUUCUAAAGUUCUUUAACUUUCCUCAUUGUAGCAUGACUGCACACUGUUUGUUAUAGCUAGUUGGUUUGUCUCGAUUUCCAUUAAGUUAAUGCUCUUUAUUUACCAUGUGAUUUGAAUCCAUGGAUUGAUUUUGUUUUUACAAGGUUGAUUUUAUUACAGUAAAUUAAGUGCCAAUUGUUAAUAUUUUAAUGUAAUAAAAAAAUGUUUACAUUAUAA